CAAAAGAACCUCUUAUCUAAACGUUACGUUCAAUUUCCGGUGAUGACGACGCACAAUCUCGCCGCCGGAGAUUUUUCGCUCCGUUUUUCCUCAUCCACCGGCUCUCACCGCCGGAACUCUAUCCGAGCCGUUGCGGCGGAAGCGGUCCAGGUGCGGCUGCCGGCACCGAGCCUUUACGAGGUGCUGCGAAUCGAGCGCCACGCGUCGCCGACGGAGAUCAAGUCGGCUUACCGGAGCCUCGCGAAGCGCUACCAUCCCGACGCGGUGGUGCGGCAUUCGGCAGAGAACGUCAGAACUGGCGAAGCCGCCGACGGAAACUUCAUUCAGAUCCGAAGCGCGUACGAGACGCUAUCGGAUCCAUCGGCAAGGGCGAUGUACGAUCGAACGCUGACGGCGGUGAACGGCGGAAGACACCGCCAGUUUCCGGUUCCUCUUAGUCAGAAUGACUCGUCGACGUUUUACGCGACGCGGAGAUGGGAAACGGACCAAUGCUGGUAGGCGGAGCUUGCUUCGGAUGCUUAACUUCGCUCGGGCGAUUAACAGAAAAGUGUGGAUUGAAUCACAGGCAAGAAAGGAAUCGCUGACUGAAAAUGAUGUGCAGAAAUUACUGACUUAGAUGUAUACAUUAAACAGACUGAGCGAAAAAGUGGGAGGAUGAGGCAAAUUUUGCUUUGUUUCUUUUUGUGAGAAUGUAAAAUGUUUUGGUUGUGUGAAUACCUAUUUUCAAAA